CGAUCGCACUUGGUGAUCAUAUAUAUCCAUUUGUGAAAUGAUCAACGAAAAAUAAGUGAAAGGCAAAUGAAUAAAAAACAAUUCUUGACAUCCAAAAUUAUUUCAUCUAAUUUUUACAUCAGAUCCCUUGGUUUUCGUUAUCAAUUUCUAUUAUUUCAAUAAAUUCUAAUGGACGCUGGUAUAACUAUUAUGCAGCAGGUACAAAUCAGUGAAGCAGUGUUGGAAAAGCAUGUUUACUCUGUUUGGGCUCUGCCGAGGGAGGAUGUGAGAGUUAGGGUCAAGAAGUUGAUAGAAGGUCUCCGAUCGGAGUUUUGUGGACCCCAGUUUGAACCUCACGUGACCGUCAUCGGAGCUAUUCGGUUGACGGAGGCUGAGGCACGUGAUAGGUUCAAAAAAGCUUGUGAGACAGUGAAGCCUUAUAGUGCUACAGUGGACAAAAUUGAUACUGGCACUUUCUAUUAUCAGUGUGUUUACCUUUUGCUUCACCCAACCACUGAGGUUGUGGAAGCAAGUGCUCUUUGCUGCAGUCACUUUAAUUACAACAGAUCUGGAUCAUAUAUGCCACAUUUGAGCCUUCUUUACGGAGAUUUAACUGAUGAAGAAAAGAAGAAAGCUCAAGAAAAGGCUUAUAUCCUUGACGAGGGCAUUUCCAGCUUGAGCUUCCCGAUAUCUCAUCUUGCAUUGUGUAAAACAGACACUGAAGACAAAAGCUGCAAAUCAUGGGAGACAGUGGAGGAGUGCUCUCUUCAGCCCUAACUAGCAUGCUAAAAGCUAGUAACUUGUUGGCCAUGAGCCAAAUCUCAUUUUGUUUACUUUUAUCUUACGUCUUGAACUGCAGCUGUAUGGUUGAACUUUGCCAGACUUGUAAUACACACUCUUUUAAUGUGCCAUAAAUAAGAAUGAUCUUACUUUGGAA